AUGUCCCGCAUUGAAACGUUUUUGGGUGUCUCUGUGGCUACUAGCUCUAGGAUCGAUGUCACGGAUCCCAAAAACAACGCGGACACUGCCGCCGAGAAGCCACCCGCACCCGUCUACGAGCUGUACUCCUGGCGCUCUAAAUCACCCAAUGCUCGCCUUGUGUACAUCCGGAAUGUCCACACGGCGAACGUUGAGGUGGCCCGGCUGGCACACGGUCCGCUUGGCUUUGAUAUGGAGUGGAAGCCAAUCUAUAAUAAAGGGCAGGCUGAGAACCCUGUCUCUUUGAUCCAGCUCGCCAAUUCCGAGACCAUACUACUGAUUCAGAUCAGUGCCAUGCCAAGAUUUCCAGAGGGGCUGAAGGAGCUUCUGUCUGACCCCAGGGUAGUGAAGGCGGGUGUGGGGAUACAGGGCGAUUGCAAAAAGCUGUUCUCGGAUUGGGGCGUGCCGAUGCGUAAUUGCGUGGACCUAUCUCUUCUUGCGCGCACGGUCGACAACGAACGUUGGAAGGGCAGAUACGUGGCCCCCAUCGGCCUGGCUCGGCUAUGCGAAGCCUAUGAAGAACUGACACUAGCCAAAGGCAAAGCAACACGCAGCAACUGGGAACAGGUCCUCACAGAAGUGCAGCAGCAAUACGCGGCCAACGACGGCCAUGUUGGCUACUGGCUCUACUGCAAGUUCGCACAGAUGGCGUCCGCGAUGAACCCCGUCCCGCGUCUGGUGUACUACACGUUCGACUACCUCGACGGACGCCUGUGCGACCCCUUCAUCGGCGUGCGCUGGUCGCCUGAUAACCCAUACUACGACCCUGGGCCUCCGCCCCCGCCUCCACCUCCGAGGCCGCCCAAGGACAAGAAGAAGGCAGUGCAGCGCGAGGGCGAGAGGGCGCUUCCGCGUGCCGUCCGCUUCGGCGACCAUCCCCGCGCGUCGGACGUGCAGGUGGGUCGAGCACCCGCAUCACCUCCAUCGCCUAGGCAGGUGGGUCGAGUAUUCCCAUCGCCCCCAUCGCCCAGGCAGGACCGUGCGGGCCCAAGCCUGCAGUUCCGACCUCCAUCAAGGCAGCCACCGCGCGCGAGGGGACAGUCGCUUGGAUAUAGGGAGCCCCCUGUAUUUGUACCUCCCGGCUUUGGGAUGAAGCCGCAGCCAACGCAUCCUGCGGCUAACAUGCACACUCACGCUACGCCGGUACCAAAUACCUCGUCGGGUGGUGUCGGCGAGCACUCGGGUGCGCCUUCUGGAAGAGGAAAACCGCGGCGGUCUCGGCCUAGAAGACCCCAUAGGAGCGACCCGUCAUAAUGUGUUAGAUGUCGCUCUCCUGUAUUGAUAGCAUUUCCACAGCCGUGCUGUCGACUUGCUAUGCGCGUUCUCACCAUUAGUACACUAUCACAAUGUAAGGUCCUAUAUACCUGAAUAUAUCAGGAUCUACCCCAU